GAUCCCCAAUACACGCAGUGUUCUGGACUCCUGGAUCCUCCGCUCCUGCUUCCCAAGGACCAUGAGAGACGUGCUGCUGGCUCUUUCUGUGCUUUCGUUCAUACCCCAAGUACUCCCAGCCUACGGUGGUGGACAGAAAUGCUGGAACAACUUGGGGUCCUGCAGGAAACAAUGCAAAGAUGGAGAAGUAAUACAAAAAAUGUGCAAAACCCAUCGAGUCUGCUGUGUACCACCCAAUAGAGUCAAAGUGCAACUUUCUACAUCUCCCACACCACUGUACGACCUUGCAACAGGCGUUAUAGAUAUAAUUCUAACACUUAAGCCCUAUGUAACCUCAUUUAAAGUGAACACCGAGGAAGAAGAGGAUGAAGAAACUGACCUAACUCUGGGAACUCAGAUCUCUGUCCCAGAGGUCCACCGUAGUACAUGACUUCCCAGAUGUCACUCACCCAAGGUCCUCAGAACGGUAGACUAAGUCCUAUAAAGCGCUGUCAACACCACAAUGACCCACCCUCACCCUCCACCAAUAUGUAAUUCUAGUUAAAAACAGCUAAGGUCUAAAAUUUUCACUAUUUCUAAUGAUAAAUUCUUCAGAGCUCUUCUCGAAAUGUUUUAACCUAUUUCUAAAGUUCCUUCUCUGCAGGUGACCCACGCGCAGCCUUAAUGACUUACUAAGUAUUCCACCACUAAACUUUCCAUGUAUUCUCGGCCUUCCCAAUAGGUGUUUUGGGAUAACAGAGUCACCCCUGUAUUAAUCCUGCCUCUUGAUGACAGCAUAUGUCAUCAAAAUCAAAAUUUUAAAUUUUGGAACCAGCAGAUGCUAUAGCAGUUCUGUCACUGGACUCCCAU